AUGUUGCCUCCAUGUCCUAAAUGUGGAAAAGAUAAUUUUAAAAGUACUCGAGAUAGAAACACUCAUCUGAAUCGCAGAAUUCCAUGUAUACCUAAAAUUACUGAAGUAAUUAGCUAUCCAGAAACUAUUCCAGAACCUUCAGAAGUUGGAAAUAACCUUCCAAAUAAUCUAAAGUAUGGUGGUACAUCAUCUGUAGAAGAGCUUAAAGCAACUAUAGAUGGGCUUGCUUCACAAAUGCGAGCAAUUUCUUGGCAAUUAAAAAAUACAUCAAUGGAUAUUAAGGGAGUGUCAGAUGAUAUAACAGAAUUAUCAAAUCAGCAGGAAGCAGCACAAAGUAAAAUACAGGAUCUUGAGGAAACAAUGUCUCAACACACUGCUUUAACUAAAAAAUCUGUUUGA